CACACACGCGCGUCUCUACAGCAUCACCAUGUUCUUCUGCUGGGGCGAUUCAUCCAGAGGACAGCUCGCUUUCCCCGGCACUGGAGGGACAGGCAUCACCACACCGACUUCAGUCAACUUUAAUGAACAACUCGUUCAGAUAUCUUGUGGAGAACAGCACACUUUAUUCCUGACAGGAAGCGGACAGGUGUUGUCCUGUGGCAGAAACUCUAAAGGACAGCUGGGACGCUCCAAGAGCAGAGACACCAAACUGCCAGUGAAGAUUGAACGCUUGGGAGGUGUAGCUGCAAUAGCAUGUGGACAGGACCACAGUUUGGCUCUGUGCGAUUCAGGUCAAGUUUUUUCCUGGGGAGCGGGUGGAGAAGGUCAGCUGGGCCACAGCAGCCCGGUGGCAAAAUGUCCCAAACCAGUGCCACUUCAGAUACAAUUACCUUUCCAGAUCCCAGUGGUGCAGGUGGCUUGUGGAGAUUUCCAUUCUUUGGCUCUAACCAAGGGAGGUGAAGUCUUAUCAUGGGGUCAGAAUAAAUAUGGGCAGCUGGGACUGGGGAAAACAGUGGACCUGCAGCCGAACCCUGCUCUGGUACGAUCUCUUGUCGGAGUUCCAGUCAUUCAGAUCUCUGCUGGUGGAGCUCACACACUGGCACUGGCUCUCCCAGCUCAGGUGUUCUGCUGUGGAGCGAACAGUGUUGGACAGCUGGGUCUUAACAGGACAGAUAUAAAAGGCCGAUUUGCAGUACGUGCAGUUCCAGCUUUGAAGAAGUUAGGGGUUUCUUCCAUCAGCUGUGGAGCAGCUCACACUGCUGUCCUCACUAAGGCUGGAGAGGUAUACACAUUCGGAGAGGGAACUCAUGGUCAACUUGGACACAACUCUACCAAUAAUGAGCUUCUACCCCGGAAAGUUGAAGGCAUUGAUGGACCUGCUAAACAAGUAACCUGUGGCAGCCACCACACUCUGGUUCUGAUGCCAUCUGGUAUCCUCUUCAUAUUUGGCCGUGAUGUCCAAGGUAAGGCGAGUGGUGGCACUGAGAACAGCCUGCAGCCAGUAAGACUAGAAGGAGAUUGGAGCAGCUCAGGAGCAGGGCUACACACAGAAAUGAAGAUAUCAUCUGGCUGGGGUUCCAACUUUCUUUUCUUUCCACCUUCCAAGACUAAUAUUCUUGGUGAGCCAAUUGGGAAACUUGAAGAGGCCCAAGUGCAGAGAUGGAUUAAAUUGGAGGAUGAUAAACACAUCAAAGAAAUCAAAAGGGAAGUUUCCUUGACUUUUGCUACCAGUUCAAAUCUCGUCGCAUGCUUCAUUAAGGACAGUAGGAAUACUCCAGGUAUGAUUCAGGUUGAUUUGAAUGCUGCUAGCCAGACCUUUGACCAGCUCCUGAAGAUUCCCUGGAUCAAGGAUUCAAUGAACAUCAAACAACUGGUGGAAAUACUUUUUCAUGCUGCUCCAGUGAUGAGGUGUCCUGAGAUCUUCCUGCUUUUGCCCAUGUGCUCCAUUCUUCAUGAACAGCACAAUGUCAUUGAAAUGGUGCUGCCAUUAGCUGUAACUAUCAUAGACCUCCAUGAGACUGCCAUGACAAGCUUGAAGGAAUAUUGGUCCUCCAUGGAUGCCAACAUUAUGACCAAACACAUCUGUAUGUGGAAACAAGCACUUGCCUUCCUCCUGAAAUCCAAUGUGUGGCUAAACUAUAACCCUGGUGUGAAAGCAGUGCUGGAAAUACUCAAAUUACUUUAUCGGGGAAACAAAAGAGCUGAAAGAUCGAGGUGGGUUGCACUCGCUGAGUUCUACAUUGAAGAGAUAGGCACCUCACCUCUGUUACUCCAAAGAGACGUCACGCUGUGGAGGCAAAUUAAAUGGGGACAUGUUCUGGAAGUGGAACAUACACCUGCUAUCUUCUGUCGUUACCCAUUUCUCCUGGAUCUGAAGAGCAAAAUCACCAUUUUAAACUAUGUUGCAUUCGUAACAAAGAUGGUUCAUCAGUCCAUCCACAAUGACGUGGCAGCUGGGUUGUUUCAAGAGGCAUACACUUGGGAGGUCCCAACACCCAUCCUCCAGUUGAAACUGAGACGCACCGCCUUGCUUGAGGACACAUUCAGACAACUUGACAAUGCUGACCAUGAGAACUUCAAAAAAGCCUUAGUGGUCCAGUUUGUAGAAGACUCCAAACUGACUGAUCUAAGCAAAAGAGAUUUCUUCCUCCAUGCCUUUAGUGAGCUUUUAGCUCCUGAAUCAAGGAUGUUCAUGUACAAUGACAGCGAAACGAUGAUCUGGUUCCCUGCCAAGCCAACACAUGACUCAAAGCGAUACUUCCUGUUUGGGAUCCUCUGUGGCCUGGCCCUCUACAAUAACAACAUAGUGCAUAUGCCAUUUCCUCUGGCCUUGUUUAAGAAGCUGGUCGAUGUAAAGCCUACUCUAGAGGAUAUGAUUGAAUUCAGGCCACAAGUUGGCAGGAGUUUGCAUAACCAUUUAUACGACUACCAAGACGAAGAUGCUGAGAACAUGGAUCUCACUUUCCGUGUCCACUGGGAUGGUGCAGAUGUGGAGUUGGAUUCGCACCAAAGAGAAAAACCUGUGACAAGUGCUAACAAGAAGGAGUUUGUGGAGGCAUAUGUAGACUACGCACUGAACAAGUCAGUGGAGCGGGUGUUUAAUGAGUUUAAGAGGGGAUUCUACAAAGUGUGUGAUGAAGACGUGGUGAACUUCUUCCAGCCAGAGGAACUCAGAGGAGUGAUGGUGGGCACAGAGGAAUACGACUGGGCCACUUUCAGACAGAAUACAGUAUAUGCUGGGCAGUACCAUGAGAGACACCCUACUAUCAUUGCUUUCUGGGAGGUAUUUGAAGAGCUGACGGAUGAACAAAAGAAAGCUUUUCUCUUGUUUCUUACAGGCUGUGAUCGUGUACCCAUCCUUGGGAUGGAGCAGGUUAGGAUGACCAUGUUGGACCGUCCUAACUUCACCCAGGACCACCUGCCAGAGUCCUUCAUCUGCCACUCUCAUUUCGUGCUCCCUCCAUAUGAGAACAAGGAGCGUCUAAAGGCAAAGCUUAUCAAAGCAAUAAAUCACAACCGAGGCUUUUGGAUAGAAGAUACAAAAACUGGAUGAAUUGAUUUUUGAAUAUUUAGGUCAUGGAUUGUUCUAAAUCUUAUAUACUCCUAUAACAUAUAUAAUUGUUUUGCUUUACAUUCUUAUUAUAUUAGGUUGCUGUUCAGCCUUGAUUUAUGAAAAUUUCAAGUAACAAGCACUAGUUUUCUUGUUGUUGUGGGUGAACUACAAAGAAUAUUUGUUUGAAUUGCAUUACUUACAAAUUGGGGAGAGGAAACACUGUCAUUUAGGUUCUUACAUGUACCAUUUGUCUUAUUAGCUGUGGUGAGUGCAAAACUGAAAUUGGUCACGUAGGCAUAACAUGAUUGACCAGUAUAACGCUGAUUAAAGGCGAUUAUAUGCAUUGAAAAGUUGUUCAAAAUACAU